UCCGGCUGCGCAUGCGUGUACUAGCGUGGCGACUGCACCGGUCGGGGGAAGUUGUGCGAACAUGAACGUAGUAAAGUUGUAAUGGCCGAAAUGGACUGUUAACUGGGGCAGGUUGACGCCAGCGGCUCGGAGCAGAGAGAGAGAACCACACGGAGACAGCGGCGGAGCCAUGACAGCUAACGAGGACCAGGAGAUGGAGCUGGAGGCGCUUCGCUCCAUCUACGAGGGGGACGAGAGCUUCAAGGAAAUCAGCCCAGUGUCCUUCCAGUUCCGGAUAGGAGACCUGGAGGACACCAAAGCGUUCAUCCUGGACAUCACAUGGCCAGAGACGUACCCAGAAACAACCCCACAAAUGUCCCUCGGUGGCUAUUUCAACAAAAAGAUCUCUGCAGAGACAAAGAAGCAGAUCCUGUCGAAGCUGGAUGAGCAGGUCGAGGUGAACCUGGGCACUGCCAUGAUGUACACCCUGUUUGAGUGGGCCAAGGAAAACCAGGAGGCCCUCAUGGAGAACCAUAAACCUGUAGUGACCGCCAUUACGAUGCCCAGCAGUGAGAUCAACACCAGCUCAACAGGCAAGAAGAGGGAGAAGAAGGAGCAGCUGACCAAAUCUCAGAAGAGAAGAAUCGUCAGCAGAACAGAUCACAAGGGAGAACUGCCAAGAGGCUGGAACUGGACUGACGUGAUCAAACAUUUGAGUAGAACGGGAGGGAAAGAUGACGACCAAAUGUGAGUGCAGUGAUCUGGUGCCGCUUCACACGAGAAGCUGCAGUGACAUCACUGCAGCCUGUUGCUGCUGCUGUCCAGAAGCCUUCACAUCCAAGCUCACCAACAUGUUACACUCACAAUGGCUGCCUCCACCCUGACGACCACAGCAGGCUGGACAAUGGUGGACACACACACACGCAUUUAUUUAGCUAAACUGAGACUUUGAGGUGGGAUUCAUCUGAAGGCCUCGCCGUGUUUCCUGUGUUUGUGGUGUUUGUGUAAAGCAGCGACGUGAAGAGGAACGCACCGGGUUCUGUUCAUUUAGCCGCCAGAUGUUCUGCUCCAUCAUCCAUCAGGGUGGAGUGUGCUUGAGAUACUUGCUGUCACUGCCAUGUUUUCAUUCGGCGAGGUUAGGCCCAGCUGUCAGGCGCUGAGCUGUAAGUGUUGGAUUGUGGUUUGGAGUGCACGUGUCAAAAUGUCAAGUAGCAUCCUGCUGUUCAUCUGAGGUACCAUGUGAGUUUGUGAAAGCAGAGAGAUUUUUAAGAACUCGCAAAAUGUUGCUCCUGUUACCAUUUCUUAUUUUGGUAAAUGUUUCAUUUCCCCUAUGAAUUGAAAACCUUAAAUUUUUUAUGUAUAAAUAAAAUUACCUUUGGUCUGCUGCUCA